AGAGAUAGAGAGAGAAAGUGGAGAGAGAGAGGUCAAAUCGAGUGGCGAAGGGUUUGGGUUGUCCUGUACAAAUUUCUGUGGUGGUGGAAGUGGUGUUUCGAAUUAGCCCUUUUUUUUUCCUUUUCUCUUUCUAGCCCGCAGAGGGUUUCAAACAAAAACACAGAGGAGAGAGAAAGUAGAGAGAGAAAACCAGAGAGAGAGAGAGAGGUAGCCUUGAAAGCUUGAAGAUAAUACUGGAGACACAGCUCUCCAAGCUCUCCGUACAAAACCCCCAAAUCUUCGAUUCUCUCUCUCUCUCUCGAACUUUCUCUCUCCUCUUUUUUUUAGUUGGUGUAAUCUUUAGCCGAUGGAUCCCUUCGAUUUGGUACGAAAAGGGUUUGGUUGAAGCUUAAUGUAAAUCAAGUUGUGUUUUUAUUCAAAGCUGUUGUAGACUUCUAGUUAUUUCCAUUUCCGUAAAUAAUGAGCUUGUCCAAGAAAGGAUCCUUUACCAACGACACCAAACUAAGCACUGCAAACAAGGCAACUGCGUUGAAUCCCAAUGCGGCAGAGUUUGUUCCCUCUUCCCUCAGAUCUCCGUCAUCUGGAAGCACCAGCGCAGCUCAGGCCACAACAAAGUUUUCUUCUUCUGGAACAUUUGGAAAAGCAGUACUAGAUCGAACAGAAUCUUCCACAUCAAAUAAUUCCGAUGACGAGGCCCACCAAUAUUGGCGCCACCAGCUCCCUGAUGAUAUUACCCCUGACUUUAAGGUCAUGGGAGAAGAUGAGUCGCAAGUCCUUGGGAACCUCUCUUUAGCGGGUUUGUCCUUACACGAAGAUGUUGAAGCAACACGGUUUCCUGCCUCUAUGGGCAGUGGAUACUUAUUAAACGAGUCACAUAUUAAUGGCAAUAGCUUUUCGGAAAAGUUGAGAGCUUCUGCACCUCCCUUUGGGGGGGAGGAUCUUUCAUCGGCCAGUUUCCUUCAUAUGUCACCUAAGCCUUGGGAUAAGCAGAUUCUGAACAGCAAUCAGUUUGUCAGCAAUGGUCAGGAGGAGUAUCCAUAUGAUGGCAUGUCUAGACACGGGUUCAUGAAUGAUAUGUUGGGUGAGCAUGCAAUUGUGGAAGGUGCGGAUAUUAACCCUGCUGAGUUUUUGGCUUCACAGUUCCCCGGCUUUUCUGCUCAGAGCCUUGCUGGAGUUUACUUUGCCAAUGGUUGUGACUUGAACCUGACUGUUGAGAUGCUAACUCAGUUGGAGCUUCAAGUUGAUGGUGGUUUUAAUGAGAAUCUGAACUCAAAGACCUUGUCAGUUCCCGAUCUUAGCUCAAUGGACUUCCCUGCACUUACACCAACAGAUGGUCAGCAUGGUCAUUCAAAAUAUGCCGGAGAUGAUGAUUUCCAAAGUGGCAAUCCUUAUCGAUCUUCUGACAAGGACAACAUGCUUUUGUUCAAGUCUAGCUCAUCAAUUCCUACUAGAGGUGCGAUUGAUCUUGCUUCAGCUGUCAGGAAAUUGGCGACCCAGGAUUCUGGAUGGAAGUAUGAGAGAAAUGGUUCUGCCGAUGCUGCUAUUGGCUCAAGCAGACGUUCCCAGCUUUUGAAUAGCACUUACAGUACUGGGCAUGGAAGAGGCAUGUACAGCGACAGGUCACAGAAUCGUGGUUCACCUCGGACUGCGCCUGUUUGGCUUGAAACUGGAGAUGCAGUUGCAAAUAUGUAUUCUGAUCUGCGGGAUGAAGCUCGGGACCAUGCACUCCUACGUAAUGCAUACUUUGAGCAGGCACGGCAAGCAUACCUUGUUGGAAACAAGACUCUAGCAAAGGAGCUGAGCGUUAAAGGACAGCUGCACAACAUGCAUAUGAAGGAAGCUCAUGAAAAAGCUCAAGAGUCUAUAUAUCGUCAGAGGAACCCAGUUUCUCCAGAGAUGCAGGGCAAUGGGAGGUCACAAGAGAGGAUGAUAGACCUGCACGGGCUGCAUGUAAGUGAAGCCCUUCAUGUCCUGGAGCACGAGCUGAGCGUGUUGAGGAACGUUACCAGAGCAGGAGAGCCUGGUAUUCUGGUUUGUAUAUGUGUGGGAACUGGCCACCACACCAGGGGCUCUGGCACACCGGCAAGGCUCCCAAUAGCUGUACAGCGAUACCUACUCAAAGAAGGCAUUGACUACACUGAACCACAGCCAGGGCUGCUCCGAAUUCUGUUAUACGUCUUCCGAAGUACAAAUACCAGAAUCUUGAGUUUCGGAGGGAAAACCAGACAAUGCAACCAAGUAACGAUAAUGCAAUUGCAACCCCACCUCCGUCCCAAAUCCAUUUCCCUCCUCACCAAUUCUCCACACCCACAAUCUCUUUUCUCUCUCUUCGCCUUCUCUUCUCUUUCCACUCCCCUCUCUCACUCCUCUCCCAUCUCCCCGUCUUCUUCUUCCUCCUCUCAAUGGUUCUCCGUCCUCCGCGCUGCCAUUGCCGCCGCAGACUUGCCGCUUGGGAAGCGCGUUCACGCGCUGAUUAUAGCCUCCGGCGACGACCCGGGUCAUUUCUUGACCAACAACCUCAUCACCAUGUAUACCAAAUGCCGGUGUCUGUUAACCGCACGCCGCGUGUUCGAUAAAAUGCCCGGCCGAGACCUUGUCACUUGGAACUCCAUUCUAGCGGCCUAUGCGCAGGCUGCGGGCUCUGAUUCUGACAAUGUUCAGGAGGGUCUUGGCCUUUUCCGGCGUCUUCGUGAAUCUGUUGUUUUUACCAGUCGGCUCACUUUGGCGCCGGUUCUGAAGCUGUGUUUGCUCUCAGGGCAUGUUUGGGCUUCGGAGGCGGUUCAUGGGUAUGCUGUUAAGAUUGGAUUGGAGUGGGAUGAGUUUGUUUCUGGUGCUCUUGUGAAUAUAUAUUCUAAACUCGGACGAAUUAAGGCUGCCCGCGUGUUGUUUGAUGGGAUGAUGGAAAGGGAUGUGGUGUUGUGGAAUACAAUGCUUAAGGCAUAUGUGGAAAUGGGUCUUGAGGAAGGACUUUCUUUCUUCUCUGCGUUUCAUCGCAGUGGAUUGCGUCCCGACUAUGUUAGCGUGCGUUCUGUUCUCAGUGGGAUUGACCAAAUUGAUUCUUUGGAAGGCAAGAGGCACAUGGAGCAGGUUCAAGCAUAUGCAAUGAAAUUGUUUUUGUAUGAUACUAAGUCGGAAUCAUUGGACAUAUAUUCGUGGAACAAGACAUUGUCCGAGUAUGUUAAAGCUGGUGAAAAUUGGGCUGCUGUAGAGUGUUUUAGAAAUAUUGUAAGAUCAAAAGUAGUGCUUGACAGCGUAACAUUAGUUGUUAUUCUGUCUGCGGUUGCAGGUGUAAAUGACUUGGAGUUGGGGAAACAGAUUCAUGGCGUUGCUUUGAAAUCACGUUUUGAUUCCGUUGUUUCUGUUGCAAAUAGCCUUAUCAACAUGUAUUCAAAGGCUCGUUCUGUUUAUUCUUCGAGAAAAGUGUUCAAUCGCAUGAAAGAAGUGGACUUAAUUUCCUGGAACUCGAUGAUAUCAUGUUGUGCGCAAAGUGGUUUAGGAGAGGAAGCGGUAAACUUAUUUAUAGGCUUAUUACAUGAUGGUUUGAGACCCGAUCAAUUUACUAUUGCAAGUGUUUUAAGGGCUUGCUCCUCACUUGAAGAAGGGUUGUCAGCCAGUAAGCAGAUUCAUGUUCAUGCUAUAAAAUCCGGUAUUGUUGCUGACAGUUUUGUUUCGACAGCUCUUAUUGAUGUUUAUUCUCGAAGUGGAAACAUGGAGGACGCAGAGGUCCUUCUUGGAAACAAACUUAAAUUCAAUCUGGCUUCUUGGAAUGCAAUGAUGUUCGGAUACAUAAUCAGUAAUGACUGUCACAAUGCAUUGGACCUUAUGAGGAUGAUGCACGAAGGUGGACACAGGCCAGAUGAGAUAUCUUUAACAACUGCGGCUAAGGCUGCUAGUAGCCUGGUGGCUUUGGGACCGGGAAAGCAAAUUCAUGCUCAUGCCAUAAAAACAGGGUUUGUUUCAGAUUUAUGUGUUAACAGCGGAAUUCUAGAUAUGUAUAUCAAAUGUGGAGACAUGGGAAAUGCACACACAGUGUUCAAUUACAUCCCUGCACCCGAUGGUGUUGCAUGGACAACUAUGAUCUCAGGAUGUGUAGAAAAUGGAGAUGAAGGGCGCUCUCUUUCUGUAUACCAUCAGAUGAGGCAGUCAGGAGUGGAGCCUGAUGAAUAUACCUUUGCCACGCUUGUCAAAGCCAGCUCUUGUCUGGCAGCAUUAGAACAAGGGAAACAGAUACACGCUGAUGUGAUAAAGUUGGAUUUUUCCUCAGACCCCUUCGUCGCAACAUCACUUGUUGACAUGUAUGCCAAGUGUGGCAACAUAGAAGAUGCUUAUCGUUUAUUCAGGAGGAUGGAUGUUAGGAAUGUCGCCCUGUGGAAUGCCAUGUUGGUCGGUUUAGCUCAGCACGGAAAUGCUGAAGAAGCACUAAGCCUUUUCAAAGUCAUGAAAACGAAGAACAUCGAGCCUGAUAGAGUAACCUUCAUUGGAGUCCUUUCUGCUUGCAGCCAUUCUGGUUUAGUUUCCCAAGCUUAUGAGUACUUUUCUACAAUGGAGAAAGAUUACGGCGUUGAACCUGAGAUUGAACACUACUCUUGCCUAGUUGAUGCCCUUGGCCGCGCAGGUCGAGUCCAAGAGGCUGAGAAACUGAUAGCAACAAUGCCCUUUGAAGCUUCCGCCUCAAUGUACAGAGCCCUGCUAGGUGCUUGUAGAGUUAAAGGGGACACUGAAACUGGAAGACGAGUGGCAACACAGCUCCUGGCUGUGGAGCCAUCUGACUCCUCCGCCUACGUGCUUUUAUCCAACAUCUACGCGGCUGCCAACCAAUGGGAUGUGGUAAAUGAUGCCAGAGCAAUGAUGCAGAAACAGAAUGUAAAGAAAGAACCCGGUUUCAGCUGGAUAGACGUGAAGAACAAGGUACAUUUGUUCGUGGUAGACGAUAAAUCCCAUCCACAAGCAGAUCUCAUACACGACAAGGUGGAGGACAUGAUAAAGCGAAUUGGGGAAGAAGGGUACGUCCCGGAUACGGAGUUUGCACUGGUGGAUGUGGAAGAAGAGGAGAAAGAGCGGUCUCUGUACUACCACAGUGAGAAGCUAGCAAUAGCUUACGGACUCAUAAGCACUCCUCCGUCGGCCGCCAUUCGGGUGAUAAAAAACCUGAGAGUUUGUGGAGAUUGCCAUAAUGCAGUGAAAUACAUAUCAAAGGUUUAUCAGAGAGAGAUUGUUUUGAGAGAUGCAAAUCGCUUCCAUCGGUUCAAGGAUGGAACUUGUUCUUGUGGUGAUUACUGGUAACAGUAUAAAUUCAUAAUUCGUUUGUUUAUCAAUUAAUUACAAGUUUUCUCUAAGUACUUUA